AACACCGCAGAAUGUCAUAUUUUAUCUGUGGAUGAUUGUUGAAAGUAAAUGUUUUUUUCUUGAAUUUUAUUUGUUCAGAAGUUCUUGUAGUGGAUUUUGCGAAUGAUAUUGAAUCGAAAAUAACUAGUGGAUAUGUAAUUAGAUGAAUGAAUACACUGCCUAUAAAAUAGCUUUUAUAUUUUUGUAAUGUUCCUGUAUCGGCGUUAUAGGUUAUAAUACAGUCGUCAUCAACUAUCCCCUGGUUAUGCCAAACUUAUUUUUAGCUUCUAAAAACGCUAAAACGAGGCUGUGUUAAGUGUGUGAAGUGUUCUAUAUAAAAUUUACUUGAUAAUUGAAGUUAUAAAGUCAAGAAAAUGGGUCUGAUUAUAUCAAGAAUUCGCCGCAAGAAAACAACAAUAGAAAUACUCGAACGACUUGAGACCGAUAUAAAAGGGAUCGAAAGGGAUGGACAGUACAAGGAGCAGACCCACAAGCGCGUCAUAGGGUACGUGAUGGCGUACUCCGUGGGUCUAUACGUGCUGUUCGCCAUAUUAUACUAUUACAUGUACGUCGGACGGAGUCAGCAUUGGCUGCAUUCGUUGUUGUACGCCUCGCCGUUGUUGGUUCUGCCUAUUUUAGUAAUAUUCUUACGGUCAGCUAUAUCGUGGUAUUAUAACUGGACUCUAAAUAAGAACAGGCUGAAACUGAGCAAAAUGAGAGAGGAAAAGAAGAAAAUAUUAGAAGAGGUUAUGAAUACUGAGACUUAUAAAGUCGCCAAAGAGAUCCUAGAUAAAUAUGGAAGUCCGGAAGAGCAGUCGAAAGCAUUGAAACCGUUCGUCCCGUCAACCAAUGUGCCCGGUAAUACCCCUAGCACGCCGGUACCAGCUACACCUGGACAGCUAAGACAGAGACAGAUGGCGCUGCAGACCUCGACUCCUGUCUCCAACAACAGGAUGCUGGUGCCCGUCGUCAAUUCACCCAACUCGGUUUAUAAGGGAGCUAGACUUAGGUCCGACCAAUUGCCUCGCCCGUUGCCCGACAAGAACCGCUCAGCUCUGGACAAAGUAGUGGACUACCUCCUCAAGGACGGUCCCAACCAUCGCAUGGCACUUAUCUGUUCGGAGUGCUUUUCUCAUAAUGGCAUGGCGAUGGUCGAGGAGUUCGACUACGUGUCGUACGUGUGCGCGUACUGCGGGCGCCUGAACCCGGCCCGCAAGCAGCGCCCCGCCGCGCCGCUGCUGGCCGCCAGGCCGCUGCCCGCGCUCAACGCGUCCAUGGCCGGUAGCGGUGAUGAUUCGUCUAUCGCUAGUUCUGCCAGCGAGAGUGACGACGAUAAGCACGCGGGCGACGCCUCGAGGCGAUGCGGUUCUGAAGGCGAAUCGGAUCGUCCCCCCUCGUGCGAGGGGUCGCCGAAAUCCGAGAAACUCAAGAAAGAAGACUGAGUCACGUCAAUUCACAUCUAUCAUAGGCACCGAGCGAGGUAAUGUCAAUGUAUUGUUGACGAUUAUGUACUUUAUCGUAUUGAAUUUAAAGUUCAAAUUCCAUUGGAGCUAUACAUGGUUGUAGGUUAUAAUAUCAGCCUGUGUUUGGACUUUAUGUUUGUAAGUUUAAAGUUCAAAUUGCUCUGACCAUUGUCGAGUAGAAAAAUGAUACCAGAUUUUUAAUGGAACACUUUAUCGUUCAAGGAAUAAGGUUUGAAUUGCAAUGGCUAAUAUCAGAGCUACAAUAAUUACAAGCUGGUUGUAAAUGGACUACUUUAUCUCACUAAGUAUAGAGUUCAAAUUGCAAUGGCAAAUGUCUUAAUAAUGCCUUUUUCCUUAGGAAUAUGUUGAAAGUUCUGAUUCUGUCUUCCUUAUUUUAAUUUUGUGAUAGGUUUUGGAAUCCGGUAGUAAUGUUAUGCAGUAAAAAUGAUUUGAAUCUGUUUGUUUGUCUUUGACAGAUUAUAGUUAACUGAAUUUAGUUGUAUUAUGUAUUGAAAAGAACGCGUAACGAUAGCGAAAUGAAAGCAAUUGUUGCUGUUAAAAUGAUUGGUGUUUCUAAUGGCAAUUAUUUUGAUGUGUAAUUUGGCAAGUCGAGAAAGAGCUACAAAAUAUAGCUGUCUCUGUUUCACACAGCUUGCUUGUAUACAUUGUUCUCGCUCUAGCAAACCUCGGAUCUCUUAUCCUAAGUAAUUUGACGCCAAUACUUGUACAGAAUUUCGCUAUUUUUGACGCGUUUCUUUAACAUAAUAUUUGAAGUUUCAAGUUAGGUAAAAGUAUUCAAUUGAAUUCUAAUGUUAGUUAUUUAUUUUGUAACAAAAUAAUUAACUAAAAAUGCACCAAGAAAUACAAAAACGAAGCAUCGAAAACUAGGUAUAAGUAAUUUAAAACCAAAAGCAAUAACAACUAUAGUUAUAGAAUAUUGAGCUUUAAAAGCAGUAACAUAAAGUACAUUUUCGUUCAACAAUACGGUAUACCUAUCAAAUGUGUGGCGGAUUGGGUAAAUACUGUUAUUUAUAAUAUUUAAUUUAUUUAUUAUUUGUUUUUGUAAGUCUCAAUCUAGUAAACGUGAUUGCUUUACGAUUUUGUAAUAAUUUCUGGAUUUUGUCCUAGAAAAAUGUUUUAAGAACUUUUAAUACUGGUUUCUGAGUGAGGCCCACUGCUGGGCAAAGCCAUCUUGGAUCUAUAUGGUCAGAACUGAAACUAGUUUAGCUAUUCCAAUAAAUACGCGUCAGUAAACCAUUAUUAAACAAAAUCGUCUUUAAAAAAAUAACAUUUUUGAUGAUAAACACACGUAUUAUUGUGAUUCAAUUCCGUAUUCGUCAUCAGUUCGUUAAUGAUUUUAGAAAUAGACUUUAACUACAUAGCAAUAAGAAUAUUUUUACUACUUUUGCUAUGUAAUUAAAGUCCAUUAUUCCUUACCAAUGAGAUCCCGAAAAUAGUUUUGGUGAACUCAACUCAUGGUAUUCUCAUGAUUUAUAAAAUCUCUAAAACAAAAAGCGACUCCCGCAUUAAAGAAAUUAAUCCUUGUGUCACAAAGGUUUCA